AAAUCUCAUUAUAUAUAUACUACUAGUAUAUAUAGAGACUACUCGAUCUUCUGAAGAAAGUCAUGAGAAGAAGCAAGUAGUAAGAAUAUUAUUAUAUGGAGGAUUUGAAAGAGCCGGUGAGUCCAACGGGACAAUUUUUGGAGAGCGAUUUUCUGAAUUUAUACAUUAUUGGUGUCUUAGAAUUUCAAGUUCCAAUUCAUAAUUUGCCAAUUGUGUCUCUUGUUAGAGAUGCUUUUCAUUGCAUUCCUCGCUUCACCUCCAUAAUGACUAUAAAUGAUGUGAUCACUGGAAUAAUCUUCUACGGGAUCCGAUUAUACAUGCAAGAUAUGGAUUAUAAAUCAAGAAAAUUGAAAUCAACAGCAAUGGCAAUAGUGAACACAAGGAAUGUUAAGGAUUAUCACACAGUGCAAGAUAUGCUAAAGACUAAUGCAAAGGGUGUUUGGGGAAACCAUAUUUCUUAUAUGCAUGUUUCAGUGCCAAAAUUACAAGACUACCCAAUUUCAAACCCACUCCAAUUUGUUAAGAAAGCACACAAUUCCAUCAAGAGGAAGAAGAAUUCUUUUGCUACUAUUCUAACUGAAAAGCUUCUUCGGAUGGAACAUAAAUUAAAAGGCUCAGAGGAAGUCUCUAAAAAUAUACAUAGGACACUAAGAAAUUCAAGCUUAUUGAUUUCCAACAUGGUUGGACCAAUGGAGCAAAUGGCUUUGGCUAAUCAUCCCAUAAAGGAUUUCUUCUUUACACUCUGUGGUUUGCCUCAGAGUCUUGUAGUGACAAUUUUGAGCUAUAUGGGGAUGUUAAGAGUGACACUUGCAACAGAAGAAGGGUUCAUAGAUGAGCGAAAACUUGUUUGGAACCUCAACAAAGCCUUUGAGGAAAUAUUUCAUGAAGCAGAAAAUGUGUAGUAUUCCUAUAAGAAGCACCAUGCCUUAAUUAGAGAGACUCAAUAAUCAAUUAAUCACACACACAUGUGUCUGUGUGUGUGAUGCUAUAUAUAUGAUUAUUCACAAAGAGAUUUUCUAUGUGUCAAAGUACUUUAAGGAAAGAAUAAAAAAGAUACCUAGGUUUGGACCACAAGGUUAUUUUAUUAGUGUUUUUUCUUAAUAUAUAAAUAUUUGAUAUAUAAAAGGAAAUUUCACUUCUUUCA